CUCUCUCUUUCUCUCCUCUUUCUCGUCUCUUUCUCUCCAUCGCGGUGCUUCCUGCCGACAGCGUUGGAAACGAAGUCAUCUCUGUCGCCGUUGACGCUCUUCGUCUAGCUGGAUCUCUUGAAGGUUUCGUAUCAGGGUUGGAUUUGAGUUUCGAGGAUGCCUAGCAUGCGUAUAGGAGGCGUUGCUUUGGAUCUCGUCGGAAUUCCUCUAUCGGAGGAAACAUUGACAAAGGCAAAGAACUCAGAUGAUGUUUUCCUCGGAGCUGUUGGAUGGCCAAAAUGGGAUAACAAUUCGAAGCAUUUGAAGCUUAACGGCGCUGUUGCAGCUUCGUACGGGUCUCAAAGUGUUUUCCAAUUUAAGACCCAUCAUUGUCUUCCCUCAGUUGGUUGAUUUGACUUAUUAUCAUCCGCGAGCUUACCGGAGGUCAGUGACCAUUUCAUGUAGAAACAAAGAUUUGCUUCUUGUAUCUCUUUACAAAGGUUGCGUCUUUCUUGGCUGAAAAUGAGUAUUUACAAUGAGCAUCCUCGGGGUUUUACGACAAAUGAACAAGGUGAUGAAGUUGGCUUCUGCACUGAGUCCUACUCUGCAAGUGAUGUUUUUGCUACUUUUGUAAAAAAAAUUGUUGGAAAAAGUGAUAUGAUGUCUUUUUUUUUAACGAAGGAGCUGCUCAAUAUCAUUCUGGUUGUGCUUAGGCUGAUCACAUUGCUCGUGUUGCAUUUGAUUUCUCUUUGAAAUUCAUUUGAAACUUAAUUUCUUCUUGUU